AAAAAAUUGUGAACACAGAAGGAACAAGUCAAGUGUAGAAGGGUCAAAUCAUGAUGACGUGUGACUAAACGGAGUCGAGAAGAAGUGUAAACCAGUCGACUGCCAAAACUUUUAGGUUGCAGCCAUGGCGUGGAUAGCGGGAGGGGUGAUCUCAAUAGCAGUAGUUGCAGCCGCGAUGCUUGUCUACCAGCUGGAUCGAUUCGACCCGGCUCCGUAUCCGGAUCUGGGCAAUGGACCGCCUUUGUUCGUGCCCAAACGAAACACACACAUGCUACGGGGAUCCGAAAAGAUUGGGUACGGUCAAUUGACGGCGCCGGAGGACAUCGCUUUCGAUCCCAAGACUGGCCUUAUAUACACCGGCUGCCAAGAUGGGUGGCUCAGCCGAGUUAGUCUCGACGGUUCAGCCGUCGACAAGUGGGUCAACACUGGCGGACGCCCGCUCGGAAUCGUUCACGGCCUUCACGGUGAAGUCAUCGUUGCUGACGCUGAUAAGGGGCUACUAAACAUAAGCAGAGAUGGGGUUGUUGAAUUGCUGACAGAUGAGGCUGAGGGUCUUAGUUUUAAGCUAACUGAUGCUGCUGAUAUUGGUCCUCACGGCAUUAUCUAUUUCACUGAUGCUUCAUUCAGAUACGGUGUUAAGGAGUAUAUUCUCGAUUUUUUAGAAGGCAGACCCAACGGUAGACUUUUGAGCUAUGAUCCAUCAACAAAACAAACACAAGUCCUUGUAAAAGAUUUAUACUUUGCAAAUGGUGUUGCCGUCUCUGCAGAUCAGAGUUUUGUUAUUUUCUGUGAAACCUCCAUGAGGAGGUGCAAAAGAUACUACAUACAAGGUCCAAGAAGAGGAUCUGUAGAUGUAUUUAUUGAGAACUUACCUGGAUUACCUGACAACAUAAAAUAUGAUGGUGAAGGCCAGUAUUGGAUUGCGUUGACCACGUAUUAUUUUGCACCUCUAAAUUGUGAAAAUAUACUUGUAUGUAGCACAAAUAUGAGACUCGCACAGGAAGCAUAUUCUUGGGUGUUAUUACAAAGACAUCCCUUCAUUCGGAAGGUGAUUGCUAUUAUGGAAAGAUACAUAGGACGGCCUAGAACUGAGAAAGAUGGAGGGGUUAUUGCUGUUGAUUUGGAUGGAACACCAACCGCACACUAUUGUGAUCGGGAACUCUUUCUCACAACAACCGGUGUUAAAAUUGGGGAGUUUUUGUACUGUGGUUCUUUAGUCUCUCCUUACAUUCUUCGCCUCAAUCUAACUCAGUAUCCUGCAACUCCUGCAGCAUGACGAAGAAAGUUGGAGCUCACACCUGAAAUUGUGAGGAAAAAGAGUGUGAGAUUUAUGUUUUCAUGUUGUUUGUAUUGUCCCACAACAGGUGUACUGUACAAUGUGGAAGCUGUGGAAAGGAUCAAAAUUGCUGCAACAAAACAUAAUGUAAAACAGAUAUUGAUAUAAAUCAAAGUUAGUUUUUUGUUUCAAAUUAAAAUUUUUCAUACCCAUCCUAGCUUUGGGGUCUGGAGUAGCAACGUGAAGUUGUAAUUCCCCAAACCAAUUAAUAUAGUGAGGAAAUGACUUACUAUUUUAUGUACACUAGUAAAAUACAAAUGCGAUGUAUCUGGAGGUGAAUGUUUACGGUUGAUUAUGUUUAGUGAAAUAAAUUGAUUAAUUUUUAGUGAGUAAUUGACUUAUCUAUUGUUUACAAAUCAUUGAUCA